CUGUACUUGAUCAAACAUUAUCCUAAACUAUGAACGACAGUCGCCUCUUCACCUGCCCCCGUCCCACUUCAUGCUGUUCUUGUUGUUUAUGAUUCUUAUCGCUGUUCAAUUAUUGACUUGGGAUGUGAGUUGAGAAGAGUUUGGUGCUCUCCUAUGUUUUCUCCACGUUCCAUCCUUGAUUUGCUCCGAUCCAUGGAUCUCUACGGCCAGUCUUCUUCUUGGAUGGGCUUCCUCGGAGGGAUGAUCAAGCCUGUGGUCUCGACGGCCGUGGUGGUGAUGGCAGUGAUCCUGUCUUUCUCUCAAAAGCUUGGACUUGAAGGGGAGAUGGUUCAGGCCACUGUGAGAUCCUUCCUCCAGCUCUCUGUUGUUGGUUUUGUGCUUCAGUUCAUCUUCGCCCAGAAGAAUGCUGGAUGGGUUUUGCUUGCCUACUUGUUCAUGGUAUCGGUUGCUGGCUACACCGCAGGAAGGCGGGCGGCACACGUACCUCGCGGGAAGUGGAUUGCCGGCGCAUCCAUCUUGAUUGGAACAACGGCGACCAUGUUCUUGCCCAUCGCAUUGGAUGUUCUACCUUUCACCCCCCAGUUCUUCAUCCCUGUUUCCGGGAUGAUGGUUGGUCACGCAAUGGCCGUCACCGGAGUCACGAUGAAGCAGCUCCAUGAAGACAUCAAGGCCCAGAGGAACCUGGUGGAAGCGGCAUUGGCUCUCGGCGCAACUCCUCGUCAAGCGACGAUGCAGCAGGCGACGAGAUCGCUGGUGGUGGCGCUGUCGCCGGACCUUGACAGCGUCAAGACCGUCGGCCUCAUCACCCUGCCCGGGACCAUGACAGGCCUCAUAAUGGGCGGCGCGUCUCCAAUGGAGGCAAUCCAGCUGCAGAUAGUCAUCACCAACAUGCUUGUCGGGGCUUGUGUGAUGAGCAGCAUCCUUUCCACCUACCUGUGCCUGCCUGUGUUCUUCACCAAAGCUUACCAAUUGGAUCACCAUGUGCUUGCUGCUGCAAAUUAAAGCCUCUUUGCCUUCUCCACGAUGAGCUUGUAGCUUGCAGCCCACAGCUCAUGCCAUCUAAUCAUCAUGAAUUGUCGUACCUGAAAUCUUCCAAGAACACCUCAAAAUAUUACAUGCAUCGUUGUAUA